UUGGCAGUGGUACUAACAGAUUGACAGACGUACUCGCCGCGAACUGACCCCUUCGUAGUGAUUUAGUUAUCUCUCUAUCGACGCCUCUUCAAGUCCUGCGUUUUAAUCGUAACGAAAAAGAAAAAAAACAGUGCUGCCGGAAGUGUUGUAUCAAAAGGUAACGUGAAUUCUUCGCUGAAUGAGCUGCUGCCGGUUUGAGAUCGUCUUGAGACGAGAUAUUAUGAUUAGCUCACAAGUGAGCGCAGAACCUAGCCCCGCCGACGAGCAGCAGCAGAUCAGCGCAGAUUCAGCAGGAAGACUUCGCCGAGAUCCAGUAAUCCGCAAGAACGAUAUCAAUCUCAUAUCGAUCGAAGCUUGUCGUCGAGCACGAAGAAGUCUCAUCUAAUCGUAUUACCAAGCCAGAUUCACCCAACUGCGCCGAUAUCGUAGAAUGGUAGAGGGUGAUCUUAAUUCAAAGCACAAUCAUAAGUGUGAUGUAAAAGACGAGCAGCUAAACGGCUGUGGCUCUAAGGAUCUCGAACUUGCUCGUAGGUAUUGGAACAAAGGGCAAGACCCUAGAUCCAGAGAAAGGAUCCAUCGAUAAAGCGGAUUUCGAAAAGGCCAUUGAACUUACCAACUAUGGCAAAUUUCACUACUUCCUUCUCACGGUAUGCGGCUUCGUUAGCACCAGUGAGGAGAUGGACGUAAUCUCUAUGUCCUUCAUCCUUCCUAGUGCACAAUGUGACCUGAAUCUCGAUACUCAAGCCAAGGGAUGGCUCAACUCAAUCAUUUUCAUCGGUAUGAUGGCGGGGGCGUACGCCUGGGGUUCCAUCGCGGAUGCCCUAGGUCGACGGAAAGUUCUUAUCGCCAUCUCCUUCAUAAAUGCUCUUUGCAUUGUCGCCUCCAGCUUCAGCCAAUCUUAUGCACUCUUUAUGAUCUUCCGUUUUCUCAACGGCGCUGCUCUUGGAGGUAGCGGACCUGUGAUUUGGUCAUACUUUGCCGAAUUCCAACCAAAAUCGAAGCGAGGAUCAAUGUUGUCCUUUAUGGCUGCCUUUUGGACACUUGGAAACCUCUUUGUUGCUGGUUUGGCGUGGUUGAUCAUCCCUCAUGAUAUCGGUAUCACAUAUUCAGCGUUCACGUAUAAUUCUUGGCGAAUCUUCCUGCUGAUCUGCGCUGCUCCAUCGUUUAUCGUCGCGGGGCUGCUCCUGUUGCUCCCUGAAUCUCCUAAAUACCUCUUAUCCUGCGGAAGAUACGAGGAAGCGCUCGAUAUCUUCCGUGGAAUUUAUGCCAUUAAUACUGGCAAAUCACGUGAUAGUUACACGGUAAAAGAAUUAAUUUUAAAUGAUAUCCGAGAACCGGAAUUGACGAAUAGUAGCAUCGAAAAGAACAAAUGCAAAACAAUGCUCGCCGAUAUCGUAAACAAUAGCAAACAACUUUUCGUCUCACCUAUACUUCGUUUCACCAUGAUUUCAAUUAUUAUUAAUUUCACUUUUCAUAUCGGUUAUUACGGUCUAAUGAUGUGGUUUCCCGAAUUAUUCAAUCGUUUCGACGAAUUUCAUCGUGAUCAUCCAAAUGAAAUCGCUUCGAUAUGUCAAGUGACCGAAUAUGUGGUUCAAAGAGGUUCUCAAAAUAUCAAAAAUCUUUGUUCCGAUAAAAUUGGCGCUUCCGUUUUUAUGGAAUCGUUAAUUACCGUAGCAUCCGCUAUACCUGCAAAUAUUAUUGCUGUUCUAGGAAUGGAUCGUCUUGGCCGUAAAUUUUUCUUGCUGUUUAGUACACUUUCAUCAGGAUUUUGCGCGAUCGGAUUAUAUUUUGUAUACAAUAAGCAUCACAAUCUGAUCGUUUCGGCUAUCUUCAGCGGUGUGAUAAGCUGUGGAAAUGCAGCUCUAGAUUGUCUAAUAACCGAAGUUUUCCCGACACCUCUUCGCGCAACAGGAAUUGCUAUUUCCAUGGUUGCAGCGCGUCUCGGUGGAAUUAUUGGUAACAUUGUAAUAUCUCAACUCUUGGAUAUGUAUUGUCCAGCACCAACUUUUAUCGUUGCUGCACUUUUAAUCGGUGGAGGAUUAUUAUGUUUAUUCUUACCAAAUACAACACGGGAACCACUUUCUUGACAUCGGUGAAAACUUGCAUCAGAUCGAAUAAAUUGAUGUACAGUCAUAUACACAUAAAAUUGAAAAACUUAUCACGUUUAUAAUAAUAAAUUGUGCAUUCAUGUAUUUGUUCAUUUAAUUCAUAAUACGAUUCAUUCUAGACAACAUUGUGGCGAUUGAGCAUUACAUUCCUGUUUUACAUAUCAAUUUCGAAUAAACAAAUUAGUAUUAACAAUUAGAAUUUAUAAAUGAUAGUAGAUAUUUUCAAAAAU